GUCCGGGCAAACCUGAGCUGCCAGCUUGCCCCUAAGCAAGAUGGCCGCCAAUCUCCAUUCUCUCCUACGAGCGUGAAGCCAUUCACUCCCCGCUUAAUGCCGCUGCCAGGCUGCCCUCACUUAAUAUGGCUACUCUCCUCAUGCCUUGCUAUGGUCUCGAAGCCGCCGCUAACCGGCCAGGUUCCGGGAGGCGCUGUGCAGGAUGCAACCACCCCCGCCCGCCUCUCCCCUCCCCCACGCCCGCGGCGGCGGCGGCGGCGGCGGCCGGAGCCCGGAUGCGGCUCCGUGAGACGGCUCGGGAAAGCGGCGCGGAUGGAUUCAACAUGGCGGCGCCGAGCCUAAGCCAAGAGAAGAGACCGGGGAAAUUAAGUUUCUUCCAGAGCGCACUGGGGAUUAUAGCUGCUGAGCAGAGAUUCUGGAAAGCGUUGUGUUCCUGAGCCCCCAGCAUGGCGGGGAUAAAGCGGCAGGCAAGCCAGGUGUGGCCAGAAGAGCAUGGAGAGCAAGAACAUGGGCUGUACAGCCUGCACCGCAUGUUUGACAUCGUGGGCACCCACCUAACACACAGAGAUGUGCGUGUGCUUUCCUUCCUCUUUGUUGAUGUUAUUGAUGACCAUGAGCGUGGACUCAUCAGAAAUGGACGUGACUUCUUACUGGCUCUGGAGCGCCAGGGCCGCUGUGAUGAGAGUAACUUUCGCCAGGUGCUGCAGCUACUACGCAUCAUCACUCGCCAUGACCUGCUGCCCUACGUCACCCUCAAGAGGAGAAGGGCUGUGUGCCCUGACCUUGUAGACAAGUAUCUGGAGGAGACGUCAAUUCGUUAUGUGACCCCAAGAACCCUCAGUGAUUCAGAACCGAGGCCUCCCCAGCCCCCUAAAACAGUGCCUCCCCAUUAUCCUGUGGUGUGCUGCCCCACUUCGGGUCCUCAGAUGUGUAGCAAGCGGCCAACCCGAGGGAGAACCACACUUGGGAGCCAGCGGAAACGCCGGAAGUCAGUAACACCAGAUCCCAAGGAAAAACAGACUUGUGACAUCAGACUGCGGGUUCGGGCUGAAUACUGCCAGCAUGACACUGCUCUGCAAGGCAACGUCUUCUCCAACAAGCAGGACCCACUUGAGCGCCAGUUUGAGCGCUUUAGCCAGGCCAACACCAUCCUCAAGUCCCGGGACCUGGGCUCCAUCAUCUGUGACAUCAAGUUCUCUGAGCUCACCUACCUCGACGCAUUCUGGCGCGACUACAUCAAUGGCUCAUUACUAGAGGCACUUAAAGGUGUCUUCAUCACAGACUCGCUGAAGCAAGCUGUGGGGCAUGAAGCCAUCAAGCUGCUGGUGAAUGUGGAUGAGGAGGACUAUGAGCUGGGCCGACAGAAACUCCUGAGGAACUUGAUGCUGCAAGCAUUGCCCUGACCUUUCCCCUUCUCACUUCUCUGGGGACUGUUCUGGGGUUUGUUCUCUGCCCUUCCAACCAAUCACACCCCUGCCUUUUUUUUUUUUUUUUUUUUUUUAAAGGAAAAGACAAAGCGUGGAAGUGGUGUUCCCCAGCCCUCUCUGCACCCAUGUGCCUGGGCUUACCCUGGUCCCCAUCCCCACCUACCCUAAUGUGUGUCUGCAACCACCUCACCACUGAGCCGUAAGACAAAUGUGUAGGGAGAUGCAGUCUGUAGGACACCGUCUUUGUAGGGGAUUGAAGUGAACAGUGCUUUGGGGUGCAUUGAGGGAUUAUCAAUACUUCUGGCUUUAUGAGGGCUCUUCAGUUUUGUCUGAAAAACCAAAGGGCUGUGAGCAAGGGAGCUGUAUGGAAGGUUGGAUUCUGAAGUGUAUUUUGGAAAUUAAUAACUAUCUUCUUCCAAAUUACAGAAUUUUUAAGAAUCGGAAGCUGUGGCCCUUUCCACUUCUCCUGGCCUCUGGUGCUGCUCCUCUCUGCCUUCUUUUCUCCAUUCCAAGGCUUGAAACUGCUGCCUGGUGUGGCUCCUUCCUUUCUCCCCUUUGUCAAACCCUCUUCCAGGGAGUAACAUAAGAGAACUCAGCCUAGUCACUGUUCCCAAUUGUGCUGUGUGUGUGUGUGUAUAUGCAUACACAGGGUGGAUGGGAAGAGGCUGCUGACCAAAAUACACUCACCCUAAAAGGGAAGGGGGAGUGUGACACUUUCCAUGUUCAAGUGAAAAUAAAUAUACCCUGCA